AUGGAAAUGCUAAAUUUACCAAUAAACCUCGUGCCUGAUGAUUGGUGUAAAAUAUUGGAACAGAUGCUAUUAUUGGUUCUAAUUGUGGGAAGAUGGCUGCUACCUAAAGGGGAGAUAAGUCGCGAACAACUCUCGCAACUUCUGCUCGUGUAUAUCGGUAUGGCGGCUGAUAUUAUUGAACUGUUUGAAGCAUUUAAAGAGAGAGAAGUCAAAACGAACAAGAUUUUGACGAUCAUUAUCAUGUCGCUGUGGACCGCCAGUCUGUUACAAUUUACGUUCGUGUUGACUGCCACUAAGUCAAAACGGAUGCGUCCAGUUCUUUUUCACGAGGCCAGUAACGCGAGUGCCAUCUCUGUUGGCGGGAAAUCGUGCUGUCCGACAGAAGUCAUUUCAAUCAUGAUAAGCGUGACCUUACAGGACGGACCAUUCCUUGUACUGCGCAUGCUCUUGAUCUUCCGUUACAACGUCAUCAGCUACACCAACCUCUUCUUCACCUCCAAGAACAGCCUCGUUCUUAUUCUCCAGUUUUAUCGUCUGUUUGUUCUUUUUUAUUAA